AUUUGCCACUGUGGGCUGAAUUGCAGGCCAGGACCAGGAUCAAGAAAGAUUCUGCAGCCAUAUUACAGGAAUAAUCCUCUGUUUACCACUUUGACAAAGCAGAGGAGGCAAGCCUCUAGGUUAAAGUUCUGCAUCAACUGCCCCAGAAGAGCUGAAGGGCCACAAAUUCACAAUUUGAUAUAGCUCUAAAACAUCACCAACACCAACAACAAUGGGUAACAGCAAGAGUGGUGCCGUGUCCAAGGAGAUCCUGGAGGACCUGAAGCUGAACACCAAGUUCUCAGAGACUGAGAUUGUCCAGUGGUACGAAAACUUCAAAAGGCAGUGUCCAACAGGGCGCAUCUCAAAAGAAGAGUUUCAGACCAUCUACAGUAAGUUCUUCCCAGAGAGUGAUGCCAAUACAUAUGCCCAACAUGUGUUCCGCUCCUUCGACACAAACGACGAUGGCACGCUGGACUUCAAGGAGUACAUCAUCGCCCUCCACAUGACAUCAACAGGGAAGACCACCAGGAAACUGGAGUGGGCCUUCUCACUGUUUGACGUGGACAAGAACGGCUACAUCACCAAGUCAGAGGUCAAGGAAAUCUGCACGGCAAUUUUCAAGCUGAUUCCUAAAGAUGAAUUGGCUGAUCUGCCUGAAGAUGAAAACACACCUGAGAAGAGGGCGGAUAAACUCUGGAAGUUCUUUGACAAAGGAGAGAAUGACCGAGUGGCAGAAGGGGAGUUCAUCCAGGGAGUGUUGGAUAAUGAUGAAGCUCUUCGUUUGAUUCAGUAUCAGCCUUUAAAGUAACUGUUCUAUCAAACAUAUUCAUUGUAUCUCUCUCCAUUCCUUUUUUUCCACUUUGCCAUUCCUUCUGCUAAUGCAAUGACACCUGACUGAACGUCCACAAAAUGUGAGCACAUAGCAGGUGUGAUGAUAUCGCCCCAUUCGCUCAAAAUUAAAUAAUGAUACAGAAUCUCCUGCAGGAUUUUGUGACAGUCAUCACCAAUUCAAGUGUGCCAUCUGACGUGUUUUCUUUAUUACACAGAGUGUAAAAUAAACAUGUCAGUUUAAAACUGGAAAGCAGGAGAAUUUGCCCCCAGGUUACCAGCGACUACAGUUACCGUAGCAAUCUUUUCCAAAUUUCUAAGUUUCAAAAGAAAUUCAAGUUGACCAUUAUCUGUCUAUCAUGAAAUAGACAGCAGUAUUCCUUCAUAAGUAUGUGGCCUAUUUGAUACUUCCCACACCUAAAAAUAUUUUAUCUUCUUCAUUUGGAUUGCAAUAAAUAAAGCACAUACAGAAUUUCCGAAACUGUCAGUAUUUAGUUUACAUUUCUGAAGAAAAAGUAAAUUGUGAAGGUGUGUUUUAGCGACUCGAGCACACAUUUUAAUAUGACAACAUGUUAUGUGCAUUAGUUAAAGUAUCAUUAUCAUGAAAUAUAUUCUUUUUUUCUCAAUGGGCAGCAAAUUGCUGUAGUUUCUCAUUUUAUCCUGGGAUGUUUUUUAAAACCUGACCAACAUGUAGCUCAUGGUUUAAUUACAGUAAAUGCCGUGGUAAUAUUAUUGUGUAAUUUUGUGCAUUUUACAGUGUUCAAUUCAUCCAUGUGGCACAAUCCUACAUGUUUGAUGUCUAGUUAAGUGCUUAUAGGUCUGUUCAUAUACAACAACAGUAAAACUAAGUGUUGGUCCUGGAUUUCCCUUUACAAUAAAUUCAAUAAAUUAAAACCAUGAAAUUGUAAUAAAACUCCGACUCUUUUCAGUGUGUUAUGUUAAUGUCAAGAAAUCAGACUAUGGGGUUGUAUGAUACAGUAUUUUAGUAAGAACUCUAGAGCCAGCUGAAAAUGACAAUGCUAACACACUAAAAUUUUUGCAUAGCAGAUAUAAUGUUUGUCAUGUAGUUUAGUGUU